AUGGACAAGAUGGCCUACAGCAUCAACGGCGAGAACGCGCACUACGGCACCCCCAACAACCCCUGCGCCCCCGGCCGCGUCCCCGGCGGCUGCGCCGUUGCCGUCGCCGCUAGCCUCGCCGACUUCGCCCUCGGCACCAACACCGGCGGCAGCGUCAGGGUGCCCGCCGCAUACUGCGGCAUCUUCGGCCUCCGCCCCUCCCAUGGAGUGGUCUCCGCCGAGAACAUCGUCCCCAUGGCACAGAUGUUCGACACUGUCGGAUGGUUUGCCAGAGAUCUAGCUACAUUGCCCCGUGUGAGCGACGUGUUGCUGCCGCCGGUCUCAACCGACACCGCCGAUGCCGAGCUGCGACAACCGAGCUGUGUCAUAAUUCCUGCUGACUGUUUCAGGAUCUUGGGCUCCUCUGAUGACGACCACACCUACGAGAUCCUCAAUGCUUGUGCGGCCAAAGUAUUCGGCGGCAGACAAGCUUCUCUCUCCUGAAUUUCAACCUUCUAUAGAGCAGUUGAUCCGUUACCUUCCAGCAAGUCGACAGAUUUUAAUGUUUU